UUUUUUUUUUUAAGAUUACUUUCAACGAAAACUGCAUUUUGAACUGAGUAAAGUAUUUGAAAGUUUUGAAUUUCAAUCGUUUCAAAAUAUUAUUGUACAUAUUCUCUAAUUAAGAUUUCUCUGGUGUGUUACCCCUCCUUAAAACCUGUGUUAUCUCUCCUUAAAACUGGUGUGUUAUCUUUUUCUAAAACUGAUGACGUUAUCCCUCGUUUAAACCGAUGACGUCAUAUCUCCUUAAAACUGGUGAUUUUAUCCCUCCUUAAAACUGAUGACGUUUCUACAUGAGUGAAAAAUUCCCGAAUAGGGACGGGUGCAGCAUACAAAACAAAAAUCUAAAUGUUUGCAUUAUACCAGUUAUUGCUUUGUUAUCAUGCCCCGCCAUGAAUAUGAACGGGACAUAAAGUGUUUGUCAUGUCCGUGUUCCUUCUGUCCUUUCGUUACACUUUGCGUUCAGCUCAGUUUCAUAGAAACUAUUCAAGAUAUUUUCAUCAAACAUUAUUUGCUGAUACAUAGUGGUGAGAUAUAUAGACGAAUUUGACUCCACUUUUUUUGGCACGCUGUUUUUGGCUAUAAUAGCUCUAAAACUUCAUAGUUAUUUCGGAUUUCAAACAUUUCGGGUGAGUAUCACUGAAGAGACAUUAUUUGUCGAAAUGCGCAUCUGGUGCAUCUAAAUUGGUACCAUAUAAGUUUUACAUGUUCAACUGCAGCAAUAUUUUUGUACCUUGACAUUUCUCCAGGCCAACCUCACUUUUUUUUUAUUUGAUGUUUAGCUCAGUUUCAAAGCAACUAUUUGCAAUAUCUUUAUGGACACUCUUGCAAUGAUACAAUGUACAUACAUAUUAGUGGUAGCUGUCGUGUGACGGAAGGACAAACAGAAAGAUGGAAGACGGGCAUGACUAGCACAAGAAGCAGUAGACAAUGUUUGAUUGAUUGCAUAUUGUUUAACGUCCCUCUCAAGAAUAUUUCACUCAUAUGGAGACGUCACCACUGCCGGUGAAGGGCUGCACAAUUUAGGCCUAUUCUCGGCGCUUACGGCCUUUGAGCAGGGAGGGAUCUUUAUCGUGCCACAGCUGCUGUGACACGGGGCCUCGGUUUUUGCGGUUUCAUCCGAAGGACCGCCCCACUUACAUGUAGUCGCCUCUUACGACAAGCAAGGGGUACUGAGGACCUAUUCUAACCCGGAUGAUGUUUGAUGAUUGAUUAUAGUCGACAAAUGGACAUUAUUUCCAGGACACCAUGGCCAUGCUAGAGGCAAGACCUUGACAUAUUUGCUUCUAAAUAGUAGGGGUCUAAUUACCAUACUAUAUCGAAUAUUUCACCGUAAAUUGCAAGUGAUGCAGCUGGUAAAACAGAAAACUAAACGGCGUGAAAAACCCUGUAAAUAGUUUGUUUACAGGAAGACUAUUUUUUUUAUUAUAGAUAUUUAUAACGUCGAUAGCCCGUGUCUUCUAUGUCUUCCUCGUGAAUUCUAAUUGCUUCACUCUAGAAGCGAAAAAGCACAAUCCACAACGUGAGACAAUAUCUUUGUAGCCUUUGGUGAUCAGGUCUUCCAGCAGUAUCUUAGAAUUCCCAUGGACACAAAUUAUGCUCCUUUGUUAGCUGACUUGUUUUUAUAUUCUUACAUUAAAGCUUCUACAUGAGAAGAAAACAUUUCUAGCUGUAGCCGUCAACUCGACAUUUGAACAUAUCGACGACGUUAUUCAUUAACAAUAAUCAUUUCAUUCAUAUGUCGAUUUGAUAUAUCCCCUUGAACUUGAAAUAAGACACCACAACGUCUUCCACAUUUGCUUCGUAUUUAAAUAUUUUAUUGAACAUAAAUGCUAACGCAAACAAGCAACCUAAUUUUAUGACAAACAGAAUGAAUUCAGCUUCUCCAUUGUCAAGUUUCCAAUAUUUAUGUAGCAAUAUUCCAUUAUCACCUGCAUGUGGUGUUUACGUUUCUCAACUGAUUCGAUACGCAAGAGCUUGUUCUGCGUAUGAUCAGUUUUUAAAUUGGGGCAGGUUACUGACAAAUAAGUUUGAUGUUACAGGGGUUUAAGGUCAACAUUUCGCAAAUUCUAUGGUCGUACUUGCGAUCUAGUUUCCCCAAUGCAACCUAUAAUUGGGUCAAAUGCAGUCACGUCGCGUUUCAUACUGAUUGUUAGGCCUUUAGCACAGUAAGUUUACUCCGUUUACCUGAUCAAGACAUAGGACUCACUGCGGGUGUGACCAGUCAACCAGGGACGCUUACUCCUCCUAGCCACCUUAUCCCAUCUGUGGUAUAUCCAGUGGUCUGUGUUUGCCCAACUCUUAAUUUUGUAUUCCUAAUAGAAGUCAUGAGAUUGACAGAGUAAGUUUACUCCGUUUACCUGAUCAAGACAUAGGAUUCACGGCGGGUGUGACCAGUCACCAGGGACGAUUACUCCUCCUAGCCACCUUUCCCCACAUCUGGUAUAUCCAGGGGUCUGUGUUUGCCCGACUCUUAAUUGUGUAUUCCUUAUAGAAGUCAUGAGAUUGAUCACUAUUCAUUAUCUUCACAUUUUCAUAGAUGGGAACACAAAGCUUUUGCAAUAUUUCUCCAUAGUAGUCAUCAAUUUUGCUUUACCACGACACCAUCUUUAGGAGCAAAAAUUUUUUUUUAUAGAAAUGAUAUCCAUCUGCGCGUAGUUCAAUCGUUGGAUAUUCAAGAUACUCUUAAUUUGUGUUUUACAUAUAGACUUCACGCAUGGAAUCUCUUUGAAUCAACAAUUCCUAUCGAGAAGCUCAUUAAUUUUUCUAGACAAAUCAUUUGCAACGGAUUAGGGAAUGCCGGUUCUAGUGAUAGAAGUAUGUCAUCUCCAACUCCACUGACAUAGCAUAUAUGUAUGGCACGCUAAAUUCACAAGAAUGAGCUAAACAUAGUUUCACAGUUGAUAAACUAGGUUUAUCGACUGUAAACUAUAGUUUACGAACUGUAAACUAUAGUUAACGAUUCGUUAACUAUAGUUUUCAUCCGUAAAACUAUAUUUAACGGUUGUAAACUAUAGUUUACAAAUGCUAAUCCAAGUUUAUCUGUCUUUAAAUAAACGUUAACAAUAGAUUUUGCUGAUAAAUACAGAUUUACGUUUGUAAACUAUAAUUUACAUUCGUUAACUAUAGUUCACAAUUGUUAAUCCUAGUUUCACAAAUUGUGAUACUAUAUUUAUCAGACUUGUAAACCGUAGUUUACAAUCGUGAAACCGUAUUUAUCAGAUAAACUAUGUUUUGCAAUCGCUAAUGAUUGUUUUCAUUGUUAAUUUUAGUUUACGCUUGUGAAACAUAGAUUAUCUGUUAACUAUGGUUUACAGAUGUGAAAUAUAGAUUAAUGUCGUUAACUAUAGUUUACGGUCCGUAAACUAUAGUUUACAGUCGAGAAACCUAGUUUAUCAACUGUGAAACUAUGUUUAGCUCAUUUUUGUGAAUUUGGCGUGCCAUAUAUAUGGCAGUUGAUGCAUUUUGUCAAAUUUUGUUCCUCGAUGGCAUAAAAUUUGUAAUUUCAAGGAAAAAUCUAAAAAUAGAUAUACGAAAUAACUAGAAUUACUGUAUUGUAGGAUUAAUUACUUUUGCGAGAUGGGCUGACUUUUACAGUCAACGGCUGACUUGGACACGAGCACAUAAUAUGGAAAGCUUUUCGUGACAUAUCUCUAUGAACCAAUGCAAUGUACAGAAAUGGCCAAGUUGUCCAAACAUAGAGUUGUUUCAGUUCAUUUCCAUACUCAUGCACUUUCUAAAACAGUAAAGUCUCUGUGAUCUAAUAUCCCCAUGAAUAUUUUGAGAUCACCUGACCCAAUGCAAUUGGUCAGCAUCCGUCGUCGUGCGCCGUGCGUGAACGCUUGACCAUUUUUAACUUCUUCCUGAUAACUGCCAUUUAUUUUAUUGCUUUCAAAUUUGGUAUGAAACAUUUUUGGGACAAUGGGGUAUAGAGUAUAAAUUUCAGGUAUGAUUGUAUAUAUAAAAAGGCCCAACAAAUUUCUCUGUUUUAAAUGUGUCUUGAAUUAAGCUUGAUCCGUGUUUUAAGUAAGCUAUAUAUAUGCCAAGUAUACUAUCUCAACUUAAAUCAAAGUUAUUGCUUAUUUUAUGGCAUUAUUACGUCAUGAAUACUUUCCCCCGUCUUUUUUCAAAAUGAGUUUGAUAACUGUUAAAUUUCAUCCAGAUUAUUGCCUAGGAAAAGGUGUGCCCAUCUGUCGAGUAAAGUGAAAUUAAUAUAUAUUGUUUAUCAACAAUCUGAUUAAAACCAGAUCCUGAGAUCCGCUUACAAUCGCUAGUGUAGCGAUCUAAGUGAGCGGAUCUCAGGAUCUGGUUUUAAUAAGAUUGUGUUUAUCAAUAGACGAUAAAAAAAUGUAUUUGAAUAUGAAUUUGCUCGACACAUGGGCUGCAUGUUUUCUGAAAGGAAAACCCCCUGAAUUUAUGAAUUUUUUCAUUGAUUUUGGCAAUUUUAUGUCAACUUCACGCUCUUGUCAUUAUAGCACGAAGUAAUUUUGGAUCAAAUUAAAUGUAGUUUGGGUUUGCUUAUACAAUGUAUAUUCUUUAUUGGAAUGGCAGAUUUUGGGACUCCUAUUGAAAUCAUCAAUUUUCUGGGCCAGAUGACUGUAGAAACUGUACCUGCUUCUUUCAGGACUUAUGAACCCCCGGGGCCUUAACGAUGGAGAAAACAUUGACCAAUGUUAAAAAAUCUUCCUUACAUCUGUAAGAAAAACUGAAAACAUAGAUCUAGUCAUGAAGAGUUGGAAGGCCUCUACCGAAAUUGUAAAUUUUUUGAUAUUCGGGGUAGAUGUUCUGACUCCAGGAUGGGGCCAAACUGGGCACUAGUAUGUAAUGUUAUGUGUAAACCAUUUAAAUAGUAUAAUAUUAUAUCUUCUUCGUUGCUAUGCUGUGGGCCUCUCGUUAGUUAAAUAUUUUAGAUGAAAUAAUUCCAUUUGCAUCAAGGUAUCUGUGCAAGUUAAAAUUUUAUACCCAGGUUAUGCAUGCACAAAUGAAAUGAAUCAACAGCCUUGUGUUUUUAGAUUUUGACAACUUCUUUAACAGCCUACUGUAAUAGUAUUGUAACAUGCAGCGAUCUGAACACGCACACCGUUGCUUAGAGAGAGAAUCUACCAAAUCACUAGAAAAGUUAGCUCACUAGCGAUGCAGUAGAAAAUCCCUACAUACUGUCUGCUACACUCAGGGAAGCGUCUUCUAUGAUUUUUGGCACCUCUUCAGCAAAAUCAUCCAUCGUUCACGACGACAACUGCCGUCUUCCCAGUACGAAACCACGUGUGUACAUGGACACAACGUUCCUGAGUUCCAAACGUACUCUACCUAGCAAGCCUCUGGACAGCUAAACACCAGUCACUACACUGUCACCAUUUUGUAACGUGCAGCGGUUUGAACACGCUCGUCUUUGCUUAACUUGUGUGAUCAAGAGAAAUCAAAGCUAGUUCAAGAGCGAGGCAGAGGUUCCCUCUAUAUACUGUAUAACAAUUCGACAUUACAUAAAUUUAACGAUAUCUUGAUUCCAUACAAUACUCAGGUUUAAAUGUCCAAGUCAGCCGUUGACUGUGAAAGUCAGUCGUUCUCGCAAAUAAUAAGUUCUUAGAACUUACAACCAUCGUGUAUGAACGGUUAGAAAACGUAAACCUCUAAUAUCCUACAAGGAUACUAUAUUUUACAAUACGCCGAAGUUUAUGUCUUUCAAGUAAUGCAGAUAAUGUUUAUUUGCACACAGUAUUCGAUAAACAGGUCAUGAUAGUAAAGAGCUAACUAAAAUGGACCCCAGGAAAAUGGCUCCAGGAUACACGGAUGAGGAAUACCCUGAGAUAGUGGACAUCCGGGCCAUGCCACCACAACCGAAGACACUAAAGCCGGGUCAGGUCCCAGAAAAUCUUAUCAGACAGUACUUUGAAGAGGGCUAUUUUCAACUAGAUAAUUUUUUUGAUCCCUCAUCGGAACUCGAUCCAUGCAGGGAGGUCAUUAAUGAAUUGGUGGACGAGUUGGCUCAGAAACUUUUCAAAGGCGGCAAAAUCAAAAGCUUGCAUGAAGAUUGUGGACUUUUGGAAAGACUUACAAAGUUAGACGAAGAAUUCCCUGGCGCUAACAUACUGCUUCACAAGACUGGGAAACUUCCUGAGGCUUUUAAGAAAGUGUGGGAAAAUGAACGGUUAUUGAAUUUGAUGGAACAGAUCCUUGGACCGGAUAUAGCUGGAACGCCAUCUUGGAAUCUGCGCUGUAAAAUACCGAAAACAGAAGCUACAACUGUACCAUGGCAUCAAGAUUUAGGUUAUCAGAGUGUGGACGCUUACCAAACCCUCGUGGUGACGGUGUGGAUACCAUUUGUUGAUUCAAAUGAACAGAAUGGUUGCAUGCAGAUUCUUCCACGUGGCCAUUUGAAAGGUAAAGUUGGACGCCAUUACAGUUGUGUAGGUGACACGUGGUAUGUUGACUUACCAGAAGAGGAAAUGAAAAAUAAUCUCGGUGUUGACGUGAAAGACGCGAAGAUUUGUCCUGUGCCAUAUGGCGGAAUACUUGUAUUCAGCAACUUUUUGCCACACCGAAGUCUUGAAAACUAUUCUAAUGGAAUCCGAUGGAGUGUCGAUUUACGAUUCAAGAAAACAGGUCUCCCGAAUGGCUCACAUGGUCUAAAGGAUGACGUCAUUCUACGCUGCUCCAAGGAACCGGAAAUGAAAAUUGACUGGAGCAUGUUUAACUCAGUGGAAAGGAUGAAAAUCAAACGGGACAAGGAAGGCAACAUUAUAGACAGGAACGAUGAUGAGUUUGAUACCAGAAUUUCCGGCCCAUGGAUCCGGAAGUGGGAACUUGUUCACUCUAACAGACACACGGACGAAGCUUGGAAAGACUAUAUAUAGAUGUGAAUGUAACAUGAAUGAUUAUCAUUACCAGAUCGGUGUUACGUACUACGCGUUCAUAUCCGAUUCUCAUAAACACACAAAUAAACCAAACAAUCAUGUAAUGGGGAUCUUUCUGGGGGUUGGAACAGAAAUUGUUCCUCAACUCAUUCAUGCAAUUCUUUUUUGUAUUGCCAGAUGAGGAUUAGAUCGUAAAAUAUUGACAACGAACAUGUUAUACAUACAAAAUGUUGAAUUGAAUAAAAAUUCCUAUAUAUUCA